UUCUAUAAAUGGUAAGACAAUCAGGAGCAACCCUGUCCCCUGGCACAGUACCUCAACCAUUCCAAGAGGAGCACAGAGGAGAAGCAGAAUCUGGAGAGACAUGGCGGCUUUGCAACUCUCGGGCUUCGACUGGCAGAUGCAAGCUAACAAAUAUGCCCAUCACACAGACAAGUACUACCUUAAUGAGCUGAUCACAAGGAGGGGCCAGCCCUUUAAGUUGAAGUUGUCCUUCAACAGACCCAUUGCCUCUGGGGAGAGGCUGACUUUCACAGCCUCAACAGGUCCAAACCCCUCCGAAUCAGCCCGGACCAAAGCCGUGAUUCCUUUGUCUACUGGGUCCAGUGGCAGCUCUUGGAGUGCAGUACUCUCGUCCAACAACAGCGACGGCUCUGUGAUCGUCGCCAUCUCCAGUCCAGCCAAUGCCCCUAUUGGUCGAUAUACACUCAGCAUUCAGAUUGCCUCUCAAGGUGGAAGCACCUCCACAACUCUGGGGACGUGGGUUCUGCUGUUUAACCCCUGGCUGCAAGCGGAUGGUGUGUUCAUGAUGAAUAACGCAGAGAGAGAAGAGUAUGUGGAGGAAGAUGCCGGUGUCAUAUUCGUAGGGAGCACAAAUCGAAUCAGCAUGGUUGGCUGGAAUUAUGGACAGUAUGAAGAAGACAUUCUGAACAUUUCCCUCAUGAUCCUGGACAGGAGCCUCAACUUUCGCCGUGACCCCAUCACUGAUGUGGCCAGAAGAAAUGACCCUAAAUACAUUGGUCGAGUACUGAGUGGCAUGAUCAAUGGCAAUGAUGAUAAUGGUGUGUUAUCUGGGAACUGGAGUGGAGAUUACACUGGUGGCAUGGACCCUAGGAACUGGAAUGGCAGUGUGGAGAUCCUGAAGCAAUGGAAGAAAAAUCGUUUCCAGCCUGUCCGCUUUGGCCAAUGUUGGGUCUUUGCUGGGACCCUGAAUACAGUGCUUCGGUGUUUGGGGAUUCCUUCCCGGGUGAUCACCAACUUUAACUCAGCCCACGACACGGACCGCAACCUGACCAUCGAUGUCUACUAUGACGCUCUAGGAAACCCCCUAGACAGAGGGAGCGACAGCAUUUGGAACUUUCAUGUCUGGAAUGAAGCCUGGUUUGUUCGAAUUGACUUGAGCUCACAAUAUAAUGGAUGGCAAGUAUUGGAUGCAACUCCGCAGGAGAAGAGUCAAGGAAUAUUCCAGUGUGGUCCUGCUUCUGUCAUUGCCAUCCGGCAAGGUGAUGUGAACCUGGACUUUGAUAUGCCCUUUGUGUUUUCGGAAGUGAAUGCUGACCAGAUCACCUGGAUUAUCAACUCUGAUAACAGCAAAAAACAAACCUCCUCCAAAACUAGCUCUGUGGGCAGGUUCAUCAGCACAAAGGCCGUGGGCAGCAAUUCCCGCAUGGAUGUCACAGACAAAUACAAAUAUGCUGAAGGUUCCAAGGAGGAGAGGGAGGUGUUCAAGCAGGCUCUGCAGAAACUGAAGCCCAAUUCUGGGGCAUUUGGCCCCACAGCAGCUGGGGCAGAAAACCAAGAAGCCAAGCCACCCAGCAUCUCUGGGAAGUUCAAGGUCAAUGGCCCUCUGGAAGUGGGGAAAGAGGUCAACGUGAACCUGCAGCUCAAAAACCUGAGUGACGACUGGAAGACUGUCUCAGUGAACAUGACAGCCUGGACCAUUGUAUACAAUGGGACUCUGGUACACGAGGUGUGGAAGGACUCCAUCACAGCUUCUCUGGACCCUCAAGAAGAGAUGGAAUACCCAUUGAAGCUCACAUACGCUCAAUAUGAAAACUUCUUGACGGCAGACAACAUGAUCCGCAUCACUGCUGUGUGUCAAGUUACAGAUGAAGCCGAGGUCGUAGUGGAGAGAGAUGUCAUCUUGGACAACCCUGCCAUUACUCUGGAGUUACUGGACCAGGCCAGAGUGAAGACCCCUGUCAAUGUGCAGGUUCUGUUUGCCAACCCCCUGGAUGAACCGGUGAAUAACUGUGUGCUCACGGUGGAAGGCAGUGGUCUCAUGCGGGGCAGCCUCAAGAUUAGGGUGCCAUCCCUGCGCCCGAAGGAGCGCUCCAACUUCAAGUUUGAGAUCACUCCCCUUAGGAGUGGCACCAAACAGCUACUCAUUGACUUCUCCUGCAGCAAGUUCCCAGCAAUCAAGGCCUUCCUGUCUGUCGAUGUGACCGAAUGAGGAGGCUGGAGCUAUCUGCUAUCCAGCUUCCCUUCCACCUGGAUAGACUGGGGUCAAGGGCUUCUGGAAGUAGCCAUGUCACUCAGCCAGGGCUGUCCUGCCUGGCAAACUCACCCAAGACCCAGGCUGCUCACACACCUUCCCUUCUCAAUAUACACAAAUGCACGCGCGCGCACACACACACACAAGCACAUUCUUUCUCACAUACACACUCACACCCGUACAUAUUCUUUCUCCAAUACACACAUAUACACCCUUUUUCAUAUACUCUCUCUCUCUCUUUCACACACACACACUCAGGUGGGGUCUGCAGAAGAUGCACCCACUUCACUUUUGCACAUUCCCCAGCAGAUAAUUCCUCCUCAGGCCAUGGCUGCCUCCUCUGUUCUUCUUCUAAGCCUCUCCUGUCUUUGAUUUGCACUCUACUUGACCAUUGAACUUUCAGGGUAAAAAUAAUAAUAAUAGUCCCCCUAAUUUUGAUACAAUGCCUUACAGUCUCCCAAGCUCAUUACUGCUUAUAGCUUACAAAGGGCUUUCACAUCCAUUGUCUUAUUGGAUGCUUUCAGCAACCCCAUGAGGGUAACAAGGUAGGGAUUUUUAUCCCCAUUUUACAGGUAGAGAAAUUGACAGUCAGCAAGAUUAAGCAGCUUGCCUAUGGUCACACAGCUAGUUGGUGGCAGAAGCAGGAUUCAGACCCAAAUCUGCAGAUCCCAAGUUGAGGGCUCAUUCCACUGUAUCUUUCCUCUCCCUGGCAUGGAAGAAGAGGAUGUUUGGACUAUUUGCCAUCUUGAGAUGAGUGUUUGUGCUAUUCCUGCUUCGACCUCAGGUGUGAGGGUUUGUGGGAUAUAACCUGCCACUACAUACAACUCCAUACAUCGAAUGACAGUAAUAAAAAAUGCCAUACAACAGCAAUGUUGAAGGACGUCCCACUCUCAUGCCUUCAGAGGAGUGUGCUUCUCAUAAUCUUCUCUAUUACCAAGCGUGGGUAGAGUUAAAAAAAAAAAACCCAGAGAUCUGUCCCCACUGGCUGCCCC